CCCUCCCUCACGGCUGCCGUCCAGUCGCUCGUCGCACAGAACCACGACGAGGCAGCCGAUGGCCUCGACGACCCUCUUCUCGCGGCCCUGCCCGACUUUACCUACGCCAUGCCCGUCCAGGUCGUCAUCCUCGGCGUCACCAUCACCCUCCUCAGCAUGCUCUUCGUCCACCUCCUGUUCACCAUCCGGUACCACGCCCCGCUCAACCGCGUCAACUACGCCCUCCAGACGUCGGCAACCGGCCUCUCGCUCGCCAACGUCGCCGCACAGCUCCACAUCGUCAUGAACAACCUGUACGGCACCGGUCGCAGCUGGCCCUUCAUGUUCGACUACAUCGAGGUAUCGUUUCCCAAGAAGAGCUGGUCGCAGGCCGAGCGCGGCGCGUGGUGCCUCCUCCAGGGCCUGAGCGCCCUCGCGACCCACUCGACCCACAUCCAGUUCCUCACCAUGCUCUUCCCCUCGGCCCUCGAGGCGCGCCUCAUCCUCGGCCUCCUCGGCCCGCUCGCCGUCGCCGUCGCCGGCCUGUACUUUACCGCCCUGUCGCCGUCGGCCGCCGUCAACGACCUCGGCGACGCGAUCCGCAACACGGCCAACUCGAGCCUCACCCUCCUGUACACCAUGGCCCUCUUCAUCUGGGGGCUCACCAUCAACCGCUCGCGCGCCUGGCGCGCUGAGGGCGGCACGGCCGGGUUCGGCGCCCUCGCCCUCGUCCUCGGCGUCCUCGGCACGGCCGUCAACUUUGUCGAGAUCAAAGAGGAGCGCAUGCGGUGGCUCCCGGGUGUCGUCACGUGCAUCCUCCUGUGGCAGAGCUGGGUCGGC